GUUAGGCUGGUCGCCGUAGCGCCGUGGAGCGGUGCCGGGCCUCGCCAUGGCGGACCUGGGCCGGCAGCUGCAGGAGUACCUGGCGCACUCAAAGGCCACGGCCAACGCGGGCCCUGCGCCGCCUCCCGCCGGCUGCUCGCAGGAGGAGGCAGUGGGGAGUGGCGGCCUGGGGGCCUGGCUGGGCCCGGUGAACCCCUUCUCGCCGGGCCGCGGCGCCCCACCUGCGGCGGCCGGGCCGGGCUCGGGCUGGCCAUGGGCCGCCGAGGCGGACCCCUGCCUGCCGGGGCUGUCGCGCUGGCAGCGGCUGGCGGGGAGCGGGCUGUGCCUGCUGCUGGCCGCGCUCUGCUUCGGGCUGGCCGCGCUGUACGUGCCGCUGCUGCUUCUCCGCGCCCGCAAGUUCGCGCUGCUCUGGUCGCUCGGCUCGCUCUGCGCCCUGGGCGCCGCCGCCCUCCUGCGCGGGCCCGCCCGCCUGCUGCGGGAGCCUAGCCGCGGCUCCCUGCUCUACCUGGGCGCCCUCGGCGGCACCCUCUACGCGGCGCUGGCGCUGCGCAGCACCCUCCUGACGGCGCUGGGCGCCGCGGCCCAGCUGGGCGCCGCCGCCGCCGCGCUCCUGGCCGCGCUGCCCGGGGGCGCCGCCGGCCUCGGCCGCCUCGGCGGCCUCGUGUUCGCUGCGGUGCGGCGCGGGGGCAAAGCGCUGCCGGUGUGAGCCCCGCGCCGCAGCCCGCCGGGACUCGGACGGAGGGACUGAGAGACUCGCGCUCGGCGGAGCACGGAGGCGCCUCUCCGAGACGGGGAUGAGGAUGGCGCCGUCUGCACGCCGCUUCCUUCACCUCCUUGGCUUUGCUGCUGGGCUUUCCUCGCCAGUUCUUGACCCAGAAGAACAGGGGCUGGCACCCGCGAGCGGCACCGGGGACUCUGAACGCGUUGUCUGUGCUCAGGUGGGACGGGCUUGGUGCCAGCUGAGCACAGGAUUCUGCCUUACUGCAAAGGCAGCUCCAUAGCCGUGGUCUGGAGCCUCUCCGGUUCGGGUAGGAGCUGGCAGCAUCCCACUUCCCUGCCUCCAGUCUAGGACCAUGUGGCUGCUGCAGCCUACUUCAAAACGAUGGCAGACUAGCAAGCAGCGGUGGUUUCCCCUGGUUUGGAAUGUUAACGUCAGCACCACUUGUAAUCAGUAGACAGCUGUGGCUAAAGGUGAAAAUGAAAGCUCUCUGUGCAUCAUAAACAAAAAACCUAGGAAUCAUGCAGCUAUGAGUAUUUCAGACAGCUGAGGUUUCAGGAGGCAGUUCUGUUGCUCCAUCUGAUACACAAGUCUGCCUAAAGACCACCCUCUUUAUAGUGAUAGGUGAGUAAAGAAUCACACGCUGGGUUGAUUUUAUGUUAAUUUUUGCACAAAUUACAUUCUGUAUUCAUACAAAACCAACGUAACUCUUCUGACAAACUGUACACAUAGGAACAGGUUUCUGUCUGGAGGUGAACUGAAAUCUGUGGAGGUGCUCCAUGCCUCAUAUCACUUAAAAAAAUUCCAGCUCUUCACAAAACCAAGCAGGUAAAAGAAGGUGAGGAAAACAAGGGUGGAGAGGACAAACCAGAAAGCCAGCUACAGUGCUGCAGCUAGCAGAAGUUGACUGAUCUAGGAAAAGACCCCUGUCUUGUUAGGAGCUAAUGCACAUUCAGUUAUCCCAGUUAAAGAAUCCAGGUUUGUUGCAGGUUACUUUAUGAGUCCAGAGUAGCAAUCCAUUUAAAUAUUGUCCAGGCAGGACUGGGUGUGACCCAGUCAAAGCCUCUUCUAUCGGCCCCUUCCACCACCCCUGGAUGAUCCUCUUCUUGAUUGAGCAGAGUUCAUGUUAUGUCCUCUUCCCCAGUUACUUCCACUCCUCCCUCCUCGAGAAGGGUUAUUGCCUCCUGCAGGGCCUCCACCAAAAGCUUCAUCUCUGUGGAAUCCAUCGUGAUGGUCUCCAUCUAAAGAACUGGAUCUCCCAGAUUUUGACGCUCUCUGCGAACUUCCUCGUCCUAAAAAAGAAGCACAGUCAGUUACUGGUGUUCGAGUCUAAGCAAUGCCUCUUCUCAGCCAUACCAUAUAUUUAGCUGGUUCCUUUGUGGAAGGAACUAUGGGAUACUCAUUUGCAGACCAAGCAUAGUUGAGACCUGUAAUUUUCUGCCUUCUCUCCCUUCUGCAAGAUUUUUCUUACAUAGAUUUAGCGUCUCCAUUACAGUCCAGAAGAUGGACAGCAAUCAGACAAUUCCAUGGGAAUUAAGGGAGUUUAUAGCUGAUACAGUCAGCAAUCACUUCAGUAAAUUAGAGCAGUGAUAGUCAUGGUGUUCUCAGAACUGCCAGGUGUACCCGACUCUUGUGCUUUAACACCAUCGUGGUUCGCUAUACAUUUUUGUUGAAAAACACUUUUUUUCCUAAAAAAAGGACAUUGCACUGAUGGAUGGGUUGAGGUUGGUGGUGAAGACAAUGAGUAACAUUACUGGUUUUGUUCUAUUUUUUGCUAGAAAUAAUGGAAAAAUGCUCUAUUUUAAUCACUAACCAGGAACAAACUACAUCAGCUCUUACUGCCAGAAACGGGAUUUUCGGCUUCUCACAGGUCUUAGUACUGAGACUUAAAUUAAUAUUAAAACCCCCAAAGUCAUUAGCUCAAAAUAACAAAUAGUAUCUGUGGGGGGGGAGGGAACCCAAAGUAGUAAUGUUGACAGUGCUUUGUGGAUACAACAAAGUGCUACAGCUGAAUGAGGACAUUUUUCCUCACUUUAGCAAGAAGGAUUUUUUUGUUGACUGCUUGGUUGUAUGUAAAAUAAAGACCAAAUUGUUCCA